AGCUCUAGGCCUCUGACUUUACAAUAUCUAAAAGUUCAGAGAAACAGCAUUUUCUGGAUGCUCUUCCAUGUUAGAUUUUGCAUACUGCAAAUAUUUUUGAUACGUAUUCAUAAACACUGGCUUAUAGAGAACUUGUCAUGGGCAAUUUCAUUCUUUGAGAGUCUGCUUGGAAAGAACACACUGGGUAAGGAUGGCAGAGCCAGCGCCUCAUAGACCGUAUUUCAGGGGCAGAUGGUGAGCAGAUCGUGUGGGUGUGAUUCUGCUGGGCCAGUUCCAGUGUUUCCACCAAAAACCCAAAACAAAUAUGCGAAGGCCUCUCUGACUCCCACGGUCCUCUCGCUGCUUGUAAACUCAUGUACAUGUGGAUACGAUCCCGUCUUCAUAUUACCUUCCAUCCCACUUCACUAGAAAGCUGGUGCUUUUCCUUCAUAUUUUAUUGCCCUGUAAAAUCUGCUAAGCAAAUCAAAUUCAUAGAUAGAAAACCCACUUAUGAGGACUGGAGGGAGUUGAUUUAAAUGCUGAUUGAUCUUCCUGGAUAAAGUCACAUCACUUGAUGAAUUGCUGUCUUGAGAAAUGGAUUGCAUCAUUACAUGACCUCCAACAUUUCUCUCUGCUGUCUUCUUUUUUUUAGCAGUAGGUGCCUGGUAGACACCCUACCCUAGAACUCUAUCUACGGAGGAGACCUGCUCUUCAGAGAACAUGCUGAGGGACACUGUGAAAUCUUGGAAUGAUAGCCAGUCGGAUCUCUGUAGCAGUGACCAGGAGGAGGAAGAAGAGAUGGUUUUUGGUGAAAAUGAAGAUGAUUUAGAAGAGAUGAUGGAUUUGAGUGACCUGCCCACCUCACUUUUUGCUUGCAGUGUCCACGAAGCGGUGUUUGAGGUCCAAGAGCAGAAGGUAGGGACACACCUCAUCCCUGCACUGGGGGCACGGGAGGUGUAGAUGGGUCUGGGCAGUUAUGGACCUGUGACAGAUGAAGUACAGAGAGUGUCAGUCUAGACCCUUUAUUGUAUUUCAGAAGAGUUUUAGUCUGCAGCCAAUAGACUAUGUUUAAAAACAGUUCUUUCUCCACAAAUAUUUUGAGAAGCACUGGCUUUUAAAAAGUGAACUCUGAGCAAGGCUAAUUAAAUCUACUUU